UCCAACGACCGCUCGCGUGUGGUGCCGCCGCUAUCCGUUUCUGCGCCGCCGCAGUCGUCAUUCGCGCCACCACCGCCGGUCGCCGGGGAAUCCACCGCUUACUUCGCCAGCGGAUCCACAGGCUUCUUGCCUCAUCCCCCCCCCCCCCCCCCCCUCAUGUGUUCGAGCUGAGAUUGAGAAAAGAGGGGCGCUGUCCUGGUCAACGGCGAGGCCGAGCGCGAUCCGGGCAUGACGGUGUUCGCCAAGGUCGCCACGUUCGAGGAGGAGCUCCGCGCCGCGCUGUCGCGGGAGGUGGACGCCGCCCGCGGCGCCGUGAUCCCGAACCGGAUCGCCGAGUGCCGGUCGUACCUGAAGACGAGGUCCUUCGACGAGGAGGUGAACAAAGUAUUCGUGGCCGUGAACGCGGGAAAGCACAUCGACGCCAUGCUUGAGUGCCUCAAGGAGUGGAACGGCGAGCCCAUGCCCAUGACGACCGACCCUGCCCCAUGGAGACGAAUCGAAGCCAGUACAGAGAUAGCAAGCUUUAAAGCUGUACAGAGAUGAGAGAUGGCAUAUGGGCACAAGCCCAAUAAGCGGAUGCGGGACGCAGCGGGCUGCCGCAACGCCCGCAAAAGGCAAACGGCGCCAUGCGGCUGCCCGCGUGUGCCCGCGACUGGACUCGCGGCUUGUACGGACGCGGGGCGGGCAGCCGUAAUGUAACGAACUUGGCACCAUUUAUGUCAUUUCAAGUGA